AUGCCGCCCAAGAAAGCUGCAGCAAUCAGCACUCCAGGGCCACCACCUUUGAAGAAAGGUGCCUCUGGGAGUGGACAGAAGACGCUGCUCGGCUUCUUUUCGAAAACACCGUCUACCGGUCCCUCGACUCAGAGGAGUCUGCCAGAACGCAGCUCACCUCGCAAGAAUCUCAGCAACAAGUACGCCGCACCUGUACGAGGAUCUCAGCUCACGCCUCAGCCAAGCAGUGACGCAGUCGUCCCUGAAGAAGACGAAGUCGAAGAGUCCGUCACAGUGCAGGCAAGCUGCUCCGCCGUUGCCAAAGUUGGCCUGCCCUCUCCAGUCUCAGCUGACGAGGCGCAGACUAAUGGAGCCAAUGACACGGAGCAGGCGAUCCUUGGGCAGAUCACACCUUCCCGCAAGGCAAAGAAGAAGAUCAACUAUGUUGAGAGCGACGAUAGUGACGAUGACGUUUUCAAACCGAGACCUAGAGCUAGAGCGCGAGACGAGAAGCAGCCGCCUGUGAAGCGGAGGAAGGUGUCCGAGAGUGCGGACGAGGAUGUCUACGAGCAAGCAGAUGACGCUGCGGAGGACGAUGAUGAUGAUAUCGACGAUUUCGUUGUUCCUGACGAGUCCGACGACGAUGUGAAACCAGCCAAGCGUAAGAAAGCCAGCAAGUCUGGGAAAGGAGCAAAGUCCGAGGGCUCAUCAACGCAUCUCACUGUGCCUAAGAUCAAAAGCGAUGACGAAGAGGAUGUUGACAUGGACCUCGAGGCAUCGACGGCAGCUCAGUGGGCCUACGACCCGGACAAUCCACAGCCGCUCCGAGCAAGGCCGGUCAAUCUGCCCUCGAAGAAAUCCGAUCAGGAUAGGAAGCAGAAGGCUCGUUCUGAACCUGAGAAACGGCAUGCUUGGCUCGCGGACAUCAUGGAUAUCGAUAGGAACAAACCUGGCUCUCCAGACUACGACCCAAGGACUCUGUAUAUCCCACCGAACGCUUGGAGAGACUUCUCUGCGUUCGAGACACAAUACUGGGAGAUCAAGCAGAAAUGGUGGGACACGAUUGUGUUCUUCAAGAAGGGCAAGUUCUACGAGCUGUACGAGAAAGACGCCACCAUCGGUCACCAACUCUUCGAUCUCAAGCUCACUGAUCGAGUCAACAUGAGAAUGGUGGGCGUGCCUGAGUCGAGUCUGGACCACUGGGCUGCUCAAUUCGUGGCAAAAGGCUACAAAAUUGCUCGUGUCGAUCAGCAAGAGACAGCAUUAGGUAAGGAGAUGCGAGAGCGCGACGACGAGAAGCCUAAGCCGAAAGUUCAGAAGAAGACCGACAAAGUCAUCAAGCGUGAGCUCGCGUGCGUUUUGACUGCCGGAACGCUAGUUGAUGGCACAAUGCUUCAAAGUGAUAUGUCCACGUUCUGUGUGGCUAUCAAAGAGUCAGAGAUCAACGACUUGCCAGCAUUUGGCAUCUCGUUUGUCGACACUUCGACGAGCCAGUUCCACAUUGCUCAAUGGAUCGACGACGCAAGUCUGACCAAGUUUGAGACCUUCAUAGCUCAAACACGGCCUCAAGAGCUGCUUAUGGAGAAAGGCUGUGUGUCCGUCAAGGCCAUGCGAAUCCUGAAGAACAACACAGGACCGACUACCAUCUGGAACUACUUGAAGCCAGGCAAGGAAUUCUGGGAAGCUCACAUCACUGCCAAGGAAAUCGAAGCCAACGACUACUUCACAGACGCAUGGCCAGCUGCUCUUGAGGAGGCGAAAGACCAAGAUCUUUUGAUGUCUUCACUUGGUGCACUCAUCCACUACCUGCGACUUCUGAAGAUCGAAAAGGAUCAGAUCACUGUUGGUAACUUCGUCCGCUACGAUCCUAUAAGGAAAGCUUCGACCCUUGUUCUCGACGGUCAGACUCUCAUCAAUCUCGAGAUCUUCAACAACACUUUCGAUGGUGGUGUUGACGGUACCUUGUUUCAGCUGCUAAACCGUUGCAUAACACCCUUCGGCAAGCGCAUGCUCAAGCAAUGGGUUUCUCAUCCACUGAUGGACAUCACGAAGAUCAAUGCCCGACUGGAUGCGGUCGAUUCACUCAAUGCUGACACCAAGGUCACAGAUCGCUUCACCUCCCAGAUGACCAAGAUGCCUGAUCUAGAGCGUUUGAUCUCCAGGGUACAUGCCAAAAAGUUGAGCGCUGAGGAUUUUGUUCGAGUGCUUGACGGGUUCGAGCAGAUUGAUCAUACGAUGUCACUCCUGAAGGACUCCGGCGGUGGCAAGAAUGGUGAAGGCGUCAUUGAACAACUCAUUUCUGCAAUGCCAGAGCUCGGCCCUCGGCUCGAGUACUGGUCGACUGCCUUUGAUCGCAAAAAGGCCCGAGACCACGGCGUCUUGGUGCCAGAGCGCGGCAUCGAGCCAGAUUUCGAUGAGUCUCAAGACUACAUCGAAGAGAUACAGAAGAAGCUGAAUAACAUACUUGAGAAACAGAGGAAGGACCUUGGCUCCAAAUCGAUUCACUACAGAGAUGUAGGCAAGGAGAUCUAUCAACUCGAGGUACCAGUUAAGAUCAAGGUGCCGAAACACUGGGACCAAAUGUCAGCCACACAGGCAGUCAAGCGCUACUAUUUUCCUGAGCUUAAGGUUCUUGUUCGAAAGCUGCAGGAGGCUCAGGAAACGCACGCUCAGAUCGUUGGGCAGGUCAAGGACCGCUUCUGCGAACGAUUCGCCGAGCACUACGAGAUCUGGCUUGCAUCGACUCGGAUUAUUGCUCAGCUCGACUGCCUCAUCUCGCUAGCAAAGGCUUCACAAAGUCUCGGUCAGCCAUCCUGCCGCCCUGAAUUUGUCGAGGACGAACGCUCGGUCAUGGAACUUAUCGACCUCCGCCACCCCUGCAUCAUCGAUAAUGUCGACGAUUUCAUCCCCAACGACAUCGUUCUCGGCGGCAACACUACCAACAUGACGCUGCUGACGGGCGCCAACGCAGCCGGCAAGUCCACUGUCCUCCGCAUGACCUGCAUCGCAACCAUCAUGGCCCAAGUCGGCUGCUACCUCCCCUGCACCUCAGCCCGCCUCACACCCGUCGACCGCAUCAUGUCUCGUUUGGGCGCCCAAGAUCACAUCUUUGCCAAUCAGUCGACCUUUUUCGUUGAACUCGCCGAGACUAAAAAGAUCCUUACUGAAGCCACCUCCCGCAGCCUCGUGAUUCUAGACGAGUUGGGCCGCGGCACAUCUUCGCACGACGCCCAAGUUGGGUGCUUGGGUUUCUUCGCCACGCAUUAUCACAGUCUAGCUGCCGAAUUUGCAUACAGCAAGGAAGUGGUGACGAAGCGGAUGAAAAUCUUGGUGGAUGAAGAGGAGAAGAGGGUUACAUUUCUAUACAAGCUGGAGGAAGGGGUCAGUGAGGGCAGCUUUGGCAUGCAUUGUGCGGGUAUGUGUGGGAUCCCGAGACGGGUGAUUGCGCGGGCGGAGGAGACGGCGGAGGCGUGGGAGACGACGAGUCGGUUGGGACAGAAGCUGAUGGGGAAGAAAGUGAAGGUCGAUACUGAUGGAGCAGUGGGAGAAAAGAUGGUCGUUGGUGAGGUGCCGUUGGGGGUUGUCAGUGACAUGGCGGCUAUCAUGCGAGAUGGCGAUGAUGAAGAGGGAGCUAUGAACGCUGAGGAGCAGGAGCGUCUGCUGAAAGGGUUGAUGGGCGCUAUUGACCGGCUGUGA